GCAAAUAGGAAUUGGAACAAAGGAAAGAAAAGAAAAGGAAAAGGAGAGGACUAUAUAUUAUAUUCUAUAUUCGAUUUGGCAAAAAGCCAAAAUUCUCAAAAUUUCUCAAUUCUGAUACUAAGUGUGUGUGAUUGAACAUUGAAGGUGUUGGGUUUGGUUCUAUGGAAGCACUGUCGAUUACCCCUGACGCUUAUUCACUGCUCCUCCAUACUCCUUCUUCCCUCACAACACCAACGCCGCCGCGACUUUCUUUCCUUAAAAUCCCACAACACUCGCUGUCACUGUCACUCUCACAGUCGCAGGUUGUCCCUCUUCGUGUUUCUGCUCUCCCAAGUGAUGUUCCAAUCGAAGAUGAUGCCUUCAGUUUAGCUUCUCACCCUCAACCUCAGGAAAAUUUAGACCAUUGUCAGAGUACUGAUGAAGACACAGAUGAGCCAUUACAAAUGGACAUGUCAUGGUCAACUAUGACAACCCCGGGUGGGGGUACCAGGGCUGGACUUUUCAGAACACCGAUUUCUGGUGGCGUGCAGAGUGCAACCUCAGCUCAUGGUUUACCGAGACCGGCCUUGGCAGUACGCAAUUUGAUGGAGCAGGCCAGAUUUGCUCAUUUGUGCACUGUAAUGUCUCGUAUGCACCACCGACGAGAAGGAUAUCCAUUUGGUUCGCUGGUUGAUUUUGCACCAGACUCAAUGGGCCAUCCAAUAUUUUCAUUUUCUCCUCUCGCAAUUCACACAAGGAACUUGUUGGCUAACCCAAGAUGCACACUUGUUGUUCAGGUACCUGGAUGGAGUGGCUUGUCCAAUGCAAGGGUAACUAUUUUUGGGGAUGUCUAUCCACUUCCAGAAGAUCAACAGGAAUGGGCUCAUAAGCAGUACAUUGCGAAACAUCACCAGGGUCCUUCUCAGCAGUGGGGUAACUUCUACUAUUUUAGGAUGCAGAAUAUAAGCAGUGACAUAUAUUUCAUUGGAGGCUUUGGUACUGUUGCUUGGGUGGAUGUAAAGGAAUAUGAAAGUCUUCAACCUGAUAAAAUUGCAGUUGAUGGUGGUGAGCAGUAUCUAAAGGAACUCAAUGCCAUCUUUUCAAAGCCCCUAAAGAAACUUCUAUCUAAGGAGACUGAGGUAGAUGACGCGGCACUCAUAUCUAUAGACAGCAAAGGGACUGAUAUUAGGGUCCGUCAAGGUGCCCAGUUCAACAUUCAGCGGAUAUCAUUUGAUGAAGGGCAGAGUGUAGAAACAUUAGAAGAUGCUAAAGCUGCUCUUCAGAAAUUAAUACACAGGGGAAAAGUGUAUAACUUGCAGACAUAAGACGUUGGUUGUGCGUAAUAGUAUCCUCUCCCCUUUGACGAGGGGACAAGAUUCCGAUUUCAUGUAGUUUUUUUUUGGACUCAGUUUAUUUUGGCUAACAAGCACCGGAAAGUGUAUUAUUAUUCAUGUAACUGCAUGGAUAUUUUGUUAAGGCUGGUCGUGAGACGUCUUUUUUGGGAUUUAACCCCAUAGUCAAAGUAGAAAUAAUAUUUUAGAACUCCGAAGAAAUAAUA